UUUAUGCAAUAUUAUCAAAACAAUAAAGUUAGGACAAGAAGAAUAGGAGCGAUGUCUAGUUUGGACCUCACUGGCGUCACAUUGCUUGAACGUUCCCCUAAACCCUUUGCUUGUGGGCUCAACAACUCUUUUUAUGAAGGCGAAAAAGACAGCACCUUGCUCACAGCAGUUUCGGAAACAAACCAAGACGAAAUAGACUACUGCGACCUUCUACUCUUCACUAAGAAUUUGCAGAAGAUCCAAGAUGAACGUGAGUUACGUCUAAACAUUGCAACAAAAACUGCAGAGGAAGCACAAUGCCGUCUUCGAAAGGCCAGACUUGAAGCUUUGCAAGAUCGAAUGCAUUUCAGAACUAGUUUUUGUCUCUCCACUCAGAAGGAGGAGUGGGAGAGGGAAAUGGAAGAGACGACGCAAGAGGUAGUCAUUUUGUCUAGUUCGGAUGCAAAGCUUCAAGUUCACUCGGAGUUUUCUCUUUACAGUGGUGGUAACGAGGAUCUAUACGGCGAGAAUGAUAAUCGUAAAGGAACGUUCAAUAGUUCGGUCGCAUCUUUAGCAUUACCUUGGUACCAAAGACUGCAACAUUCAUUGUAUAGAAGGAUAAAAUGCACGGUCUCCAGAUUUUGUUAUCUUCCAGGUAUUGUGCAUAAUAACAAUCAAUGCUAUCAAGAUGUUUUUGUUACUGAUUAGGAUGAAAAAUAGACCUACAUAUCAAUAGGAUUCUGCACAUAUGAUUCAGUGGAGUGAGAUGCGUUAAUUAAUUUCGAAUCUUUUUCCUUUAGAAAAAAAGUGUUGUAAGUAUAAAGGCCAAGAACCUCUGCCAGUGCGUACAAUCCUGUUAAUGCAUUGCAUCUCUGCACCUGGGAGGUUCCUCCGUUUGAUCUUUCUUUUUAAUGAUAGGAACAGAAACAGGAAAUAGUGUAAAUUAGGGUUGAUAUUUUUUAGCGCUAAUUAUUGCUGUGUUGAAUUAUAGUAAGGAAAAAGUUAAGUCAAUCCUAGUGUUUUAUGAGGAUAGGUGCUAUGCAUUUUACUUUUGCCAUUGCUUACUAAUAUAUCUGAUAGCGUAGCUCUCUUUCCUGUUGGUAUAGUUUUCCGCAUCAAUAAUUAUUACUUUUUCACCGAAAAUACGAUAAAAAGUGUAUAUUCUGAAUGAAUGGAGGUGUAUUAUUAGUUCAUUAGUUCUGGAGAAGAUGCAGGAGGGAUACAGUCGAUGUUGAAGGAGUCAGAGCGAAUUGAGACUUUUUACUGUUCAGGUGGAGAUAUCAAAUCGUCCCUUUGUGUCGAAAUGGUAGAUGUGUUACCAUCGCAUCUCUCUUUUUGUAUGUGUGUACGAGGGGAGGGGGGUGCUUUCGAUGAAGAGGACUCACUCGAGCUCCCUUGUGGAUGUGGCCCCUGACAGAUAUGGAAUAUAUGAUCAACAAAUACCGCGAAUGGGAAUUUCGAUAAAU